AUGCGACUAAGCAAGUCGCAUGCCCAACAGCCUGCCACCAAGGGCUUUGGGCGAGUCUUCCGUAGUCCAAAAAAGAGAUGCGACAGUCGUAAAACCUCAACACAGGUCACGUAUCUUGGACAAGCGGAUAAACUUCGUCGCGCACAGGAAGUUCUGGCCAGACUUCUGGCAGACCCUGGGGAGGAGGAAGACGAUGAAGGGGGAGAUGACUGUGAGGGAAGCAUGGAGGUUCCAGGAGAUCUGGGCAACUCAGGGUCGGGCUUCGCUUGGGGGGAAGGGGAUGGGGAUGGGGACAGGGACGGGGAUGACUUCUCCAUGCCAGAUAAUGGGAUGGAUGUGGACUUGUGUCCUAGCACCCCUCAAAAAUCCGAUCCGAUACCACCAAAGACGCCCAUUCCUGCAAAAGUACGACGCACUGGCCCAGAUGCAGAGGCCAACCUCCUUUACCAGCAGUGGCAGGCUCUCAUUCCCCGCCUCGUGUCCCCAUUCCUUUCCUUCAUCUCAGCUACCCAUGGAAAAAAGACCUUUCCCCUCGAUGGGCCAUUCUCAUACAUCCUUCUGGCAGAUUUUGACACUUUUGAGGUCACUAGUUGCGAAUGUCAGGACAUUAUGGAAACCCUCAUCCUUCAUGGUCUCUUUCCGACAUCGCCCACCCAACCCCGGAUGGCUGUAUCCAUUAUUCUCAUACAACACUACAACGCUCUUUUUGAACAUGCAUGCGAUGCUGUAUACGCGUAUUCUCAUGCUGUCAACCUAGUUUAUGGACGCCGAGGAUUUGUUCACCGCAACUAUCAGGGGGAGAUCGUUCAGAACGCCUUCCGUCGAGGCCUAGGUCAUGCCAUUCAGUGGUAUGACAGCCUGCAAGUUCAGAUUGAACAAGAACUCGAAGCAGCGACUGUGGCUGGUGACGCCGCCACUCCUUGCUCCUCGGAAACCAACCUGGAUACCAUCACCACCCCUGAGGCACCCAUACCCAAACAGUUGACCCCUGAUUACAGUCUAGCAGAACCUCCUCUGUCCCUUGUCGAGUUGACUCCUGAUGACAGCCCACCCGAACCUCCUGUGCCCCUUGUCGACAACGCUGUCCAGCUUGCUUUGGAUUGCGGACGUUUGGGCGUUUGGGAGCAACGCUAUGCUGACCAGGAUGUUCCCAGAGGUGCUGAUUUCAUUGUCGCCACUGAUGGCAAUUUCAGCCAACGCCACAGAAAAGAUGCGGGCGAUUGUCCUGAGUUCUACAGGCCAGAAUACUUUCUUACCAAGGCGUAUGUCGACAAUGUUGGAAAACGCAUCACGGAGGCGCAGGGCCGGCCUCCCCAAGCUCGCAAAGCUGCCAAAGUACCAGAUGAAGCAGUGGACGAAUGUGAAGAUGGGCAUGACUCCAGCAGUGGGUCGACCAUCAAAACGAAUAUGGAUCACUAUGACGAUGGAGGAGUGAUGGCUCUUGUUUGCCGCCAUGAUGCCCCCCUCUUCCUCGCCAACAUCGACACUCCUGGUGAGCAGCAAAAGUACGCGGUUUCCCUCAUAGAACAUCUGUUUUCCCUUCUGCCUCCAACAGCCACCGUGACCAUUCUCUAUGAUGUUGCAUGUGUUCUUGAUCGCAGCCUUAACUUGCGACGACGAUGCAUCUGGAUGCUUGAUCGUCAAUCCCGUUCCAUAGGAGCUGAGCUACGGGAUGACCUCGGUGAUUGGAUCCGGCGGAGACUCAAGACCAUCGCAACUGAAGAAAAUGAGGCGCGGAAGAUUUUGAGCAAAUGCGGUGUACCAGUGAGCGAGUUACGGACUCAGUGGGGGUUACAGAAAGCAGCCCAGCUUUCUAUCCGUGCUCCACCAGAUGCCCCUGCCCAUCUCAAGAAGGAACUGGAUGCCGUGCUUAAGCUCCAAACCACCAUCGACACCACCGAUGACGCCAUUUCUCGCCUGGCCGAUCGAUUCUCGAAAUCCACAUUAAGCAGCUUAGCUAGAACUCAAGAGCGUUUGAAGGAGAAGGUCAAACAACUCUAUGCAUCGUUAAACAUUCAGGACUCGUUCCCUGAACUCGAGGAUAUCAACCUGGACUUCGUAAAACUCUUGGUGCUAGCACGCGAUCUCAAAAUAAACAUCCGCAAGUGGGCCAUUGGGAGUUUUUUUGAGUGGGAUCAGUUGGAUCAAGCCACUGGGGGACGUCAACAUGCUAUCGGUUCGUUUUGGGCUAUUCGAAAAUUCAACAACUACUGUGAACAACUAGCCGCAAUGUACCGACCUGAUUGGGAGCUGCCACUCCCAGACGCUCUCCCUGUCAAACUCAAUGACUUGCGCAACAGCCUGUUGCUCAUGGAGGACGUUUGGAUCACUCGUACUGCGCCCGAGGUUCCACGUUGGCUUGAGGAAGUCAAGGUUCGGGUGGGAAUACGAGCAAUGUUAAAGCUCGAUCACUGCUUGGAGGAACACCGUCGAUUAGGCGUUGAGGCGGACAAUCUUUGCCGCUGGUUUGGACGGGAGCUCCUCGCCCUUGAAACAGCCAUGUUGUCACCUUCCAACCAAACUAUCCAGACACUUCUCAAGAGCCGUCGUGAUCACCUGAUCUCACUCAAGUCUCGUUGGAGCAAUACACUUGCUUCCAGCCCUAGGUUCGACACACAUGUUCAGGCUGCCUUGAAAAUCCGACACCAGGACCCUACCAAUGCCAGCGUGACCUUGCCUUCACCUGAUCCAUUAACGAUGACCUGGCUACAACCCCUGACACAAGAUGUCGGCAAACUCACAUUUGCUGAUCCAGUGUAUCAUACCGCCGAUCUUAUAAACCUGGACAACAUGCAGACGGAUACAGGGGAAAUCCUAUUUGGCGACAUGAUUGAUGCGGAAGAUGAUGAAGAUGAUGAAGAUGAGGCACCACCCCCUCAAGAUAAUGAACUGUUGACGGUUCAAGACAUACCCGCACACGCUAUAGAGCUCAAGUGGGAAAUCCCCGCAUCUCUUGUCCAGGACAGGAACCUCAUUGAUGCCCUGCAUUUCCAAACAAUCGGGCCACUAGCAACUCACAGAAACCGGCGCCGAGUACCCCACGCGAAACCCAACCUAUACGAUUUUGAGGCGGACGACAUCAUACGCCUCGAAACCCCAGGGUCUCGCCUCAAUGAUGUUUGCCUCAACAGCACGGCUGCCCUCCUUCAACACUGGUGGUCUCACCCCAGCGACAUCCAUGAAGCAGACAGUCAACGGUGUGCAAUUUUUUCGACCUUCGAUCUCCACAUGGCGCACUACAAUUGCCCGCAUUCUGAAAUUUGGCGUCGGACACAUCAUCUGGAAUUCUGGUGUAAAGACGUGUGGCUUCUACCCAUCCAUCAAUCACGCCCAACUGGCCAUUGGGUACUGGCCGUGAUCUUAGUGUCCACAGGGAACAUUUUACUGUUUGACAGUCUCGCCGACAUGGCCCUGUGGAAACGGGAGAUAGGUGAAAUUAUGCUCUUGAUCACACAUUUGGUUCUCGCAUCCAACCGUGAGGGACAUCCCCUGCACGUCAUCACUGAAGAAGGGUGGACCGCGCAACCUCUACUGUUGAAUGCCGUCCAGAAGGAUGCCUUCAGCUGUGGAUUGUGGGUUCUUGCCGCCAUCGUGGCCGUCUUAAGAGGGUGCCAUAUUACAGGCUUGAAGGAGGGGGAAAUAGAGACAUUCAGAUGGGCUUUGCCAACGAAUUGUCUCCCCGACCUCCAAAGUCAUCUCAUGGACUUCCCGCCAAUUCUCACUAACUCCUUCAAGAUGGAGGAGCUCAUCCUCGUAGCGCGUGAAGUGGCUCCAGAAUUCUUCGAGAAUGUGGUACCAGAUGGUGAGGAGGGUGAAGCAUCUGUGGCGAGGGUUUCGAUAGAGAGACUAAACAGGGUGUACAUUCCAUGGAAAGAGAGGGUAAGGUUUUAUGUUGCAGAGCGUCGUUUGUUUACUGGUAAUAUCUCGGACCGCAUUACAGAUCGGGCAGAUCUCUUAAUCAUGGAGAUUAGUUCCGGUUAA